AUGCCCAAAAACGUUAUUCAAACACCGACAUUUACCAUCGUGGAAGAUAUUAGCAGCAGUGAGGAUGAAAGAGAGAACGAGGAACAUACUUCCGAUGAGGAGGAACGUAUUCAAAAAUUAUUAGAAGAGGCUUCCCGAAAAAAGAAGAGGAAAAAGGGUGAUGAUAGUAGUUCGGCAUUGGAAAGCAAGACAAAGAAGACGAAAUUGCCAUCUCUCAAUGUGAUGGACAAUUUUGAUGAUGAAGUCAAGAUUGGAGAAGUGAAAGUAGCAAAACCAAUUGAUUAUGAACAAUUGAAACAAUCGGAACAGACUAAAGGUGUAAUUUAUAUAUCGACUGAUUUCGGGAAAAACCCAGUGCCUCCAACAUUGAAAGAUGAAAAGGCUCUCCGCAAAAUGCUCGCAGAAUUUGGAACGGUGUCUAGAGUGGAGUCAAAGUAUGAAAGGAGAGGUUUACGACAUGUCAGAAUUGGAUUUUAUGUUGAAUUUGAGGAUAAGAAUAUUGCAAAAAGGGUAGCUCUCACACUGAAUGGAAGCACCGUUUCGAGGAGCGACAGCAGAGUGUACAGCGUCAAGUUUCUUUCUCAUUUUGAAUGGAGUGAAGUUGGAGAAGAGGAAGAGUUACAAAAGAUGAAACGAAAAUUAUUGAAAGUAGAAGCACAAACCGAGUUGCGAGCAAUCAAAGAGUUCAAAAAGAACAAGAAGUGGUCAGAGUCCAUCAAGAAUAAUAAGGCUCCAAAACCAAACUCCAAUUUCAGAUUCAACCAAAAGGCAGUAAUAAGACACGAUAACUCAACAACUUCACACAUUGACACACUAGAAAUUUUUGCAUCAAAGGAUGACACAAAGAAACAACCAGUGUACAAGAAAAACUGA